AUGGAGGUGGAGAAUAGGACACAGUCAACAACUGAAGAUGGUUUGGAUUCCUUAAAUGCAAGGACAAUGGAGAGAAAGCCCGGAUGGAAGGCCGUUCUUUUCAUCAUAGGAAAUGAGACUAUUGAGAGAAUAGCAACAUUCGGCAUAAUGGCAAAUUUCACCGUGUAUUUGAUGACAAUGUUCCAUUUGAGUCACGUUGGUGCUGCAAAUGUUAUCAGCAUAUGGUAUGGAGUGAGCAAUUUCAUACCAAUUAUUGGUGCUUCUCUUGCGGAUGCCUAUUUAGGAAAAUUCAAAACCAUUGCUAUGGCAUCAUUUGGAACACUUGUGGGAAUAGUGCUGCUAACACUUACAGCAUGGGUGCCAGAAUUUCACCCUCCAAGUUGUACUUCUGAGCAGCAAGCAUGUGUUCCCCCAACGACUACUCAGCUUGCCAUCUUAAUUUUGGGGCUGUCCUGGCUGGGUAUAGGCACAGGUGGAAUUAGACCAUGCAGUAUUCCCUUUGCCAUUGAUCAAUUUGACACAACUUCCUCUGAUGGAAGGAAAGGAGUCAGCAGAUUCUUAAGUUCGUACUACAACACACAGACACUGGUCAUGUUGAUCAAUAAUACUUUAAUAGUUCAAAUCCAAAGCAAAAGCUGGGUCAAGGGUUUUGGGAUACUAGCCCUUCUCAUGUUAUGUGCAAUAAUCAUAUUUUUUGCCGGAGCAAGAACUUAUUUUUACCUUCCAGCAGAAGGGAGCAUAUUUUCUGGUAUUGCACAAGUGUUUAUUGCAGCUUACAAGAAGCGUCAUCUAAAAAACCCAACAAAUGAAGAAGAAGUUGUUUACUUUGAUCCCCCGUUAAGAGAUGAUAAAACAGUGAAGAUACCUUUGACCGAACAACUUAGGUUUCUAAACAAAGCUGCUAUGAUACAAAACAAUGAAGUUAAUGAAGAAAGUUUGGUCACAAAUCCAUGGAAGUUGUGCAGCAUUCAACAAGUGGAAGAAGUCAAAUGUGUGAUUAAAAUUAUACCAAUAUGGGCUUCUGGUAUCUUGUGUUUGAUACCAAUGGCACAAGGAGGAAUCUUUCCUGUCAUCCAGGCCAUGAAAAUGGACCGCCAUCUUGGAUCACACUUUGAAAUUCAUCCUGCAUCAUUCAGUAUAAUAUCCUUAAUCAGCAUUGGUAUAUGGCUCCUCUGCUAUGACCUCUUUCUGCAACGAGCUCUGGCAAAAGUCACAAAACAAGAGGAAGGGUUGACGGGCCUUCAAAAGAUAGUAAUUGGUAACAUCUUCUCAAUUCUUACUAUGGUAAGUGGUGGUUUGGUGGAGUGGCAAAGAAGGAGUGUGGCUAUCUCACACGAUGCACUUCAUGGGGUUAAACCAAUGUCUGCCAUGUGGCUAGCUCCUCAAUUUGCCUUUUUAGGAUUGUGUGAAGUAUUUAGCAUUAUUGGACAGACUGAAUUCUACAACAGUGAAUCGCCAGAGAAAAUGAGAACUCUUGGCAAUUCCUUGCAAUUUCUUGUGGCUGGCUUCUCAAGUUAUGCUGGUGCCUUGGUAAUGAACAUUGUGCACAAAGUGACACGAAAGUAUGGCAAAACAGAUUGGCUGAACAAUGACCUCAACGCUGGCAGAUUGGAUUACUAUUACUUCGUCAUAGCUGGACUUGGUGCUCUCAAUCUUGUCUACCUCCUCUUCUGCGCUAAACGCUACCGUUACAAGGUCAUUGUGAAUGCACAAGUCAUGGGCACACCUUGA